AUGCUUAUUGAAUUUGCAAAACUUCUCAACAUUAAUGAUUUCAAAGCAUCUGAAGGUUGGCUAACUAAUUUCAAAAGACAAGCUGGUUUAAAAGAAUUUGUGCAUUAUGGAGAAGCAAAUAGUGCACCUCUUGAAGAUCUUCCAAAAUACAGAAAAAAAUUACAAAAUUUAUUGAAAGAUUGGCCACUAGAAGAUAUUUUUAAUUGUGAUGAAACUGGUCUAUUUUGGAAAAUGGAACCUUCAAAAUUGCUUGCCAGGAAUGCAAUUGUAGAAAAAAAAAAGAAUAAACAAAGAGUUACAGUUCUUUUAUGUGCAAAUAUUACAGGUACAGCUAAAAUAAGACCAUUAGUAAUCCAUUAUUUUAAAACACCUCAGCCACUACAUAAAAUAAAAAAAGAAGAUUUGCCAGUCAACUAUUAUUGGAAUAAUAAAGCAUGGAUGACUACAGAAGUCUGGAAUAAUUUUUUAAUUAAUUUAAAUAAUCAAAUGAGCGAAAAAAAUAGAUCAAUUCUUCUUUUAUAUGACCAAGCAUCUGCUCAUUGUAGUGAAGAGAGUUUAAAAUCAGAAGAUUUAUCAAAUGAGACACUACAUCCAUUACCUGCAAAUACUACAGCACAUUUGCAACCAAUGGAUGCAGAGUUUGACAAUCCAGAAACACCCUCAUCUAUUGCUAGCAUUAUUUCAGAUAGCACAAUAACUGGUGAUAUAAUCCCAUUUCAACAAUACAAUACUCAAGAAAUUCAAAAUUUAAUUUCUCAAUUACUUUAUGAAGAUGUCAUUAAUGCAAAUGACUAUAUUGAGAUUGAUGACUCACUUGAAAUUGAAAAUAUUAAUAUAACAAAUAGAAUUAUAAAUUUAGUUCAAAUCUAA